AUGGAGCCCGGACUAUCUCCUCCAAAUCCCCCGUAUGCUAUGCUUUUCUACCCUUCUUGUCCUUCGAAGCUUCGGCUGUUGACCACUCCUUCGCAGAGCUUGAAAGAAACCUUCGCUGCAAAACUUCCCGGAGAGCUCGAAAAGGUCAAGAAACUGAGAAAGGACUAUGGUUCUAAAGUAGUCGGGGAAGUCACCCUGGAUCAAGUCUAUGGCGGAGCUCGGGGUAUCAAGGCUUUGGUAUGGGAAGGUUCUGUCCUCGACUCAGAAGAAGGCAUUCGCUUCCGUGGCAAGACAAUUCCAGAAUGCCAGGAGCUUCUGCCCAAAGCCCCAGGUGGUGAAGAACCUCUGCCCGAGGGUCUCUUCUGGCUCCUUUUGACUGGCGAGGUACCUACCGAGGAGCAAGUCCGUGGCUUGUCCGCAGACUGGGCUGCCCGUUCCGAUGUCCCUGCCUUCAUCACCGACCUCAUCGACCGAUGCCCAUCCGACCUUCACCCUAUGGCACAGUUUUCAUUGGCUGUGACUGCCCUUGAACAUGAAUCCGCCUUUGCCAAAGCAUACGCAAAAGGUAUCAACAAAAAGGAAUACUGGUCGUACACUUUUGAGGACUCGAUGGAUCUCAUCGCCAAACUUCCCACAAUUGCUGCAAAGAUCUACCGUAAUGUGUUCAAGGAUGGCAAGGUUGCCGCCAUAGAAAAAGAUAAGGACUAUGGCUACAAUCUAGCCAACCUGCUUGGUUUUGGUGGGAACAAGGACUUCGUGGAAUUGAUGCGCCUCUACCUCACCAUACACUCCGAUCACGAAGGUGGAAAUGUCAGCGCUCACACCACUCACUUGGUGGGAAGUGCUCUUAGCUCGCCUAUGCUGUCUUUGGCUGCAGGUCUUAAUGGCCUCGCAGGUCCACUACACGGAUUGGCAAAUCAAGAAGUUUUGAACUGGCUUCAGCAGAUGAAGAAAGCUGUUGGUGAUGACCUUAGCGACAAGGCCAUUACCGAUUAUCUAUGGUCAACCUUGAAUUCCGGCCGCGUGGUUCCCGGCUAUGGACACGCUGUUCUACGCAAAACUGAUCCUCGAUAUGUUUCGCAACGAGAAUUCGCUCUUCGAAAACUGCCCGAUGACCCCAUGUUCAAGCUGGUCAGCCAGGUGUACAAGAUUGCUCCAGGCGUCUUGACCGAGCACGGCAAGACCAAGAACCCCUAUCCCAAUGUCGAUGCUCACUCCGGCGUCCUCCUUCAAUACUAUGGUCUUACUGAAGCCAAUUACUACACGGUCCUCUUCGGCGUCUCGAGAGCCCUUGGUGUCCUUCCGCAACUCAUCAUUGACCGUGCCUUGGGUGCACCGAUUGAGCGUCCUAAAUCAUUCAGCACAGACGCAUAUGCCAAACUUGUUGGCGCAACUCUGUAA